GUAUUUCCCACUGUGCAGCUCAAAUGUGGGGAGCGCUCUGCCAAUCGCUGGAGGACGGAGCGGGGCCGGGGAUACGCGGAGUUAGGAGCGCAGACAAAAGAAGUUAAAGAGCCGCUUAAUAUAUACAUGUUUUUGAAGGCGGGCAGAGGGAAAAAAAUAACAACAGCCAACGUAGAUGGGCCCGGCCGUGUCCUUAUGGAGCCCCCUUUGAGCAAGAGGAACCCGACCCCGAGAUUAGCGGAUUUGGCAGCGGCUCAGCCCCAUCCGCACCCGCACAUGACGCGCUUCCCGGGGCCGGGGGCCCCGCACGGCCACCCCCCCCGCGCGGCCCACCCGCACCCCGGGGACGCGGAGCCCGGCGGCGCGCUGACGCCGCUCGGCCCCGAGCACAUGGCGCAGCCCGCCGCGCUCCAGCUCGCCCCCGAGGCGCUCACCGCCGCCGCCGCCGCCGCAGCCUUCGCCGCGCCCGCAGCCGCCGCCGCCGCCGCCGCCGCCGCCGCCGCCGCCAGCACCGCCGUCGCCUACGCGCCGCCCGCCGCCGCGCUGCCGGGCUGCCCGACGGGGGGGGCGGCGGGACGCGACUUCCUCCCCCGCCGGGACCUGCCCUCCUCCGCCGCCGCCGCCGCCGCCGCCGCCGCCGCCGCGCACGGGGCCCCCCCGCGCCUCCCGCCCCCGCCGCCCCACGGCGUUUUCAUCUCGGCCGCCGGCACCUACGGCCCCGCCGACGGCGCGCACCCCGCCGCCUUCCCGCCGCCGCCGCCGCCGCCGCUCAACGGGCAGAUGCGGCCGGAGCCGUACGGCCGCGCCGAGCCGCACUACGGCCCCGCGGCGAUGCAGGGCUACGGCCCCGGCGGGCUGGGCCUGGCCGCCGGCCGCGGGCAGCCGCCCCCCCCGGGAGGGCCCGUCGGGGCGGCGGGCGCUUUCCUGCGCUACAUGCGGCCGCCCAUCAAGCAGGAGCUCAUCUGCAAGUGGAUCGACGGCGAGCCGCCGCCGGGCGGAGGGACUCCCUGCUCCAAGACGUUCGGCACCAUGCCGGAGCUGGUGGGCCAUGUCACCGUGGAGCACGUCGGCGGGCCCGAGCAGAGCAGCCACGUGUGCCACUGGGAGGAGUGUCCCCGCGAGGGCAAGCCCUUCAAGGCCAAGUACAAACUCAUCAACCACAUCCGCGUGCACACGGGCGAGAAGCCCUUCCCCUGCCCCUUCCCCGGCUGCGGCAAAGUCUUCGCAAGGUCGGAGAACCUCAAGAUCCACAAACGGACUCACACAGGGGAGAAGCCCUUCAAAUGCGAGUUCGACGGCUGCGACAGGAAGUUCGCCAACAGCAGCGACAGAAAGAAGCACUCCCAUGUCCACACCAGCGACAAGCCGUACUACUGCAAGAUCCGCGGCUGCGACAAGUCCUACACUCACCCCAGCUCCCUGCGCAAGCACAUGAAGAUCCACUGCAAAUCGCCUCCUCCCUCUCCGCCUCCCGCCCCCCCGGGCUACGCCGCGCCGGGGCCCCCCGACGGCCCUCUGCCCCCCGGCUCCGAGCCCCAACCCGAGCCGCCCCGCGCCCGCGCCGCCGCCCUGUCCCCUCCGGUCACCGACCUCAGCGAGUGGUACGUCUGCCAGGCCGGGGGGGGUAGGCGGCCUCGCAGCCCCCCCAGCCGCGCCGCCUCGCCGGGCUCCGAGGGGGACGCGCCCCGCAGGACCUCGGGGGGCCGGGCCGCCCCUUAGGGCUGCGGGAAGGCCGUCAGGUUUGACUCGCGCUAUUUAUUCCGUGUACGAAACCCUAUGGUGUUUGUACGGGCACUAAUUUAAUUAAAGAGACUCGGACGGUUGUGUCCCAUUUCGGUA